UCACCAUGUGUCCUUUCCUUUUCUACGUGUUGAGAGAUCCUACAAUGCGAAUCCAUGCAUUGCACCCCACUUUCUCUACAUCAUCAGUAGUGGUGUCAAUUCAAUUGUGUUUUCAAGAAGAUUGCUUCUUGUGAUUCCAUUUUAAAGUGAGCUACAGUGAAAAUGGACACAAAUUUCUUGCUGAGAUAGCAGUGAAUUUCUCCUUCUGUAAUCAGUAGUAUUCUCAAUUAAGAAAGAAAGGAAAAUUCCCAUCUCCUCAGUAGUGAUCCUUUUCUCUUCAGAUUGAAGGAAUCAUAUCAUCCAAAAUGGUGAUCACCUCCACUGUCACACACCCAGAAGAACGAGAACAGAGCUUAAACUCUACUUUUGCUUCCAGAUAUGUCCGUGAACCUGUUCCAAAGUUCAUGAUGCCAGGAAAGUCCAUACCAAAAGAUGCAGCUUAUCAGGUAAUAAGCGAUGAAUUGAUGCUGGAUGGGACUCCAAGGCUUAACUUGGCUUCAUUUGUGACCACUUGGAUGGAGCCUGAGUGUGAUAAGCUCAUCAUGGCUUCACUUAACAAGAACUAUGUUGACAUGGAUGAGUACCCUGUCACCACCGAGCUCCAGAAUCGGUGUGUUAAUAUAAUAGCACACCUAUACCAUGCUCCUAUUGGCGAAAAUGAGGCUGCUGUAGGUGUGGGAACUGUGGGGUCAUCAGAGGCAAUCAUGUUAGCAGGUCUAGCUUUUAAAAGGAAAUGGCAGACAAAGAGAAAAUCAGAAGGCAAGCCAUAUGAUAAGCCCAACAUAGUUACUGGGGCUAAUGUGCAGGUUUGUUGGGAAAAAUUUGCGAGGUACUUCGAGGUUGAGCUCAAGGAAGUGAAACUCACAGAGGGAUGCUAUGUGAUGGACCCUGUGAAAGCUGUUGAAAUGGUAGAUGAGAACACCAUCUGUGUUGCAGCCAUCUUGGGAUCAACUCUGACCGGCGAGUUUGAGGAUGUGAAGCUUCUUAACGAACUUCUUACUAAAAAGAACAAGGAGACUGGAUUGGAUGUCCCAAUUCAUGUAGAUGCUGCAAGUGGGGGGUUUAUUGCCCCAUUUCUAUACCCUGAUCUAGAGUGGGAUUUUCGUUUGCCAUUGGUGAAGAGCAUCAACGUUAGCGGUCACAAGUAUGGUCUUGUCUACGCCGGUAUUGGUUGGGUUGUCUGGAGGAGUAAAGAUGACUUGCCGGAUGAUCUUGUUUUUCACAUAAAUUAUCUUGGAUCUGAUCAGCCUACUUUCACAUUGAAUUUCUCCAAAGGAUCUAGUCAAAUCAUUGCUCAAUAUUACCAAUUCAUACGGCUUGGCUUUGAGGGUUAUAAAAAUGUCAUGGAAAAUUGCAUGGAGAAUGCAAGAGCUCUGAAAGAAGGAAUUGAGAAAACAGGGAGGUUUGACAUUCUCUCCAAGGAUAUAGGGGUGCCACUUGUGGCCUUCUCUUUGAAAGACAGCAGCCUGCACACAGUGUUUGAGAUAGCAGACCAUCUGAGGAAAUUCGGGUGGAUAGUUCCGGCCUACACAAUGCCGCCGGAUGCUCAACACAUUGCUGUCCUCAGGGUGGUGAUCAGGGAGGAUUUCAGCCGCAGCUUGGCGGAGAGACUAGUUGCUGACAUAGACAGGGUUGUGAAACUCUUGGACACACUUCCAAGCCCUCUUUCCACCAAAGGUGCCCAUGUCACAGCUAUCAAGAGUGAGACAAGUGAGAAGGUUAAAAAGAAUGUGAUAGAUACUCAAGCAGAGAUUUCCAAGUACUGGAAGAGACUUGUGGAUGGUAAGAAAGUUGGACCAUGCUAGGCUUAACAUAUCUUUGCCUUUUCACAUCCUUCUUGGUGUAAGUUACUUUGUGAUCUAUGUGCAUUCACCUAAUGUAUGUAAGGAUUGUUAUGUUAUCUUCUUUGGAUAAUGUAAAGCUACUAUGUAUAGCAAUAAGCAGUGUCAAUGCAUGAUGGCUCCUAAUAAGCAUUUCGGGUAGAUUGAAUUCUAUAAAAUAAAAAAUUCAGUCUUUUUUUUCUAA